CACUCAUCAUCAUCAGGUCGAUAUACCAGGACGAGGCGGUUGUACAGAGGGCGUGUAGGAUAUUUACAGUAAACUAUUCGUGACCCCUGACCCCAGAGAUGGACCCACGUGCUCAGGACGUUCUACUGUGUGACCUCUGUGAAACUGACCCCCUACAGUAUUGCUGUGAACAUUACGAUAUCAAUCUUUGUACGGACUGUGUCAGUAAACAUCUCUCAAAUUACUCUAAAAAACACAAAAUCGCACCCUAUCAUUUACACAGAAAGUUUACUCCCAAAUACUCAAAAUGUCUGAAACACGCCGAAAAAGAUUGCGAAAUGUACUGUGAGAGCUGUCACAUUCCUGUGUGUACUACCUGCAUCUCCUCAGGUAAACACAAAGGUCACGAUCUAUCAGAUAUUCUGGAAAAACUCGGCUCUAAAAAACAACGCAUACAAAAAGAUUUAGAAGAACUCGAGAACAAGAUUUACCCCCGAUAUACGGAAAUUUCCUCCGCUGUCCAAACUGAGAAAGCUCAAGUAGAAACGAAUUACGGAAAACUGGCCACAACUGCUGACCAACAAGGAGAAGUCUGGCAUCGCGAGGUCACCGCCAUUGUCAACAAACGGAAAGCAGAUAUUGUAGAGACAAAAACUAAACAUAUCUCUAUAUUAGAUAAACAAGCAGAUGAAAUCACGCACAGAAUGACUGAAAUCAACCAGGUCAUUCUAGAAAUGAAAAACAUCCUGGACACCAAUGAUAUCUCCUUAACAUCAACUUACAAAUCUAGAAAUGAUGAAUUCAAUAAACUGCCUCCUACAAUCAAAGUUACAUUACCAAACUUAUCUCCUCCAACAAUUAACACAAAAACACUUAAUGAGAUAUUUGGUUCCUUAACCUCACUAUCCGUUACAACAGUCAAACCACUGCUUGAUGAGCCGCGCGUCACCGCCACCAUAGACACUGGGUAUAACAGACUACUCAGUGUUAGCUGUCUGAGUGAAGAUCAAGUCUGGACACGCGGGGAUAACAACACCAUGAAGCUGCUCAACCUCCAGAGUAAACUACUGACAUCAAUACAAACCAAGUCAGGGAGACGACCAGGGGACAUAGCAGUGACACGGGACGGAUAUCUUGUUUAUACUGACUAUCAUGGUAACACUAUAAACUUAAUUAAGAAUAAACAGAUACAGACCGUGAUCACACUACAGGGGUGGAGACCUCUCUAUGUCUGCUGUACCGCGGGUAACGACCUCCUGGUUACCAUGGUCAGUGAUGACAAACAAUCCAAAGUCGUGCGUUACUCCGGCUCCACAGAGAAACACAGCAUUCAGUUUGAUGAUCAGGGUCGUCCUCUCUACUCAUCUGGUGGUUGUAAAUACCUCAGUGAGAACAGGAACCUGGAUAUCUGUGUGGCUGACUAUGGAGCUAGUGCAGUAGUGGUGGUCAAUCUGUCAGGAAAACUCCGAUUUAGAUACACUGGUCAUCCCUCUAAUACCGGGGAAUUAUUUCAUCCAGUCGGCAUCACUACAGACAGCCAGAGUCACAUCCUGACAGCAGACUAUUACAAUAACCGUAUCCACAUCCUAGAUCAGGACGGACAGUUCCUCCGUUACAUUCACUGUGAUUUAGACAGUCCAUUAGGUUUAUGUGUGGACAUCAGAGACAACCUCUUUGUGGCUGAGUGGCGCACUGCUAAAGUGAAGAAAAUCCAAUAUCUAUAAACACAGCGUUAAUUACACAGCUCUACAGCGUUAAUUACACAUCUCUACAAUGUUAAUUACACAUCUCUACAGCGUUAAUUACACAGCUCUACAGUGUUAAAUACAUCUACCAACACUGUGUUAAUUACAUCUACCAACACAGUGUUAAUUUCAUAUCUCCAUUGUUAAUUACACAUCUACAAGGUUCUGUGUUGAUUACCGUAAUAAACAUAAUGUUAAUUAUAGUCCUGUGUUGAUUACAGCUGUGUUAAUUGCACCAGUGUUUGAGAUUUGUAAUUCACGCCUGCAUUGACAGUAAAUGUGUGUUUGUUUAUGAGUGUUUGAUUGAAUUUUAUUUUGUUUGUUCUCUGUGUUAUAUUUCAAUGUAUAUAUUAUAGAUAAACAUGAUUUAGUGUAAAGUCUUACAUUGUUACUGUCAGUACAGAUAGAUAAACAUGAUUUAGUGUACAGUCUUACAUUAUUACUGUCAGUACAGAUAGAUAAACAUGAUUUAGUGUACAGUCUUACAUUAUUACUGUCAGUACAGAUAGAUAAACAUGAUUUAGUGUACAGUCUGACAUUAUUACUGUCAGUACAGAUAGAUAAACAUGAUUUAGUGUACAGUCUUACAUUAUUACUGUCAGUACAGAUAGAUAAACAUGAUUUAGUGUACAGUCU